UGACAGUCUCGUCAUCUCCCGCGUAUGUAACCCGCCAUCUUGUCGCGCCGUGAAGGAGAAGAGACGCAGCUUGCUUCAGAUAUGGCGGACUACAGCAGCGUGGCUCCCCCGUCCAGCGGUGGCGGAAUGAAUGACGCUUUUAAAGACGCUUUGCAGCGAGCAAGACAGAUUGCAGCAAAAAUCGGCGGCGAUGGCGUUGCGGCCCCCCCGACGGGCGAGUUUGGCUACGGAGGUCAAAAAAGGCCCCUGGAGGACGCUGGUGGGUAUUUUCCCAUGCCUAACCUGAAUAUCGACCAACCAGAGACUAAGAAAGUGGCGACCAAUGAUGCUUUUUCGGCUAUGGGAGCGAUGGGCGGCCCCCCGAGAUCGGUUUCAGAGGAAUUCAAAGUUCCUGAUGGAAUGGUUGGAUUCAUUAUUGGAAGAGGCGGCGAACAAAUCUCGCGUCUGCAGCAGGAGUCUGGAUGCAAAAUACAGAUUGCUCCUGACAGUGGAGGCAUGCCUGAUAGGUCAGUUACUUUGACAGGAGGAGCUGAUGCAAUCCAGACGGCCAAAAGGCUGCUGACAGAAAUUGUCGAGAAGGGACGACCGUCCCCGGCGUUCCACCACAAUGACGGCCCGGGCAUGACAGUACAGGAGAUUAUGGUCCCUGCCUCUAAAGCCGGCCUUGUCAUUGGCAAAGGUGGGGAGACGAUCAAGAGCCUUCAGGAAAGAGCUGGAGUGAAAAUGGUCAUGAUUCAAGAUGGCCCCCAAAACACAGGCGCUGACAAACCUCUCCGUAUAUCGGGAGAACCCUUUAAAGUUCAGCAAGCCAAAGAAAUGGUGAUGGACCUCAUCAGAGACCAGGGUUUCAGAGAGCAGAGGGGCGAAUACGGCUCCAGAAUCGGAGGUGGCGGCGGUGCCGGGGGUGAAAGUUUAGAUGUUCCGGUUCCUCGGUUCGCAGUCGGGAUUGUCAUCGGCAGGAACGGAGAGAUGAUUAAGAAGAUCCAGAGCGACACGGGGGUCAGGAUCCAGUUCAAACCAGAUGAUGGUAGUGCACCAGACAGAAUAGCACAGAUCAUGGGUCCUCCUGAGCAGGCUCAGCACGCAGCAGAGAUCAUUUCUGACCUGCUGAGGAGUGUUCAAGCUGGUGGGCCUCCUGGUCACGGUGGUGGUGGCGGCAGAGGCCGAGGACGCGGGCAGGGCAAUUGGAACAUGGGGCCGCCUGGUGGCCUUCAAGAAUUUAGCUUCACUGUACCGACCAUGAAGACCGGCCUCAUUAUUGGAAAAGGUGGUGAGACCAUUAAAGGCAUCAGCCAACAGUCAGGAGCCAGGAUUGAGCUCCAGAGGAAUCCUCCUCCCAACUCGGACCCUAACGUCAAGAUGUUCACCGUAAGGGGCUCACCCCAGCAAAUCGACUAUGCCAGGCAGCUGGUAGAGGAGAAGAUUGGGGGACCCGUCACUCCAAUGGGUGGCCCCCAUGGGCCCCCUGGUCCACAUGGAGGUCCAGGCCCACAUGGUCCUCCAGGCCCUCCAGGACCCCCUGGUGCCCCCAUGGGUCCCUACAACGCUGGGCCUUACAACCAGGGACCCCCAGGACCGCAUGGUCCCCCUGCACCUUACCAGCCUCAGGGGUGGGGGAACGGUUACCCUCACUGGCAGCAGGGACAGCCUGAUCCAAGUUCAGACAAAGCAGCAGCUGACGCUAAUGCCGCUGCGUGGGCGGCCUACUACGCCCAGUAUGGCCAGCAACCUCAAGCGCCCAUGACGCCCACUGGUGGAGCACCGGGUGCCACUCAGUCAAAUGGUCAAGGUGACCCACAGGCUGCAGGUCAGAGUGGACAGGCAGAUUACACCAAGGCCUGGGAGGAUUAUUACAAGAAAAUGGGUCAACAGAAUCAACAACCUCAGGACUACACCAAAGCCUGGGAAGAGUAUUAUAAGAAACAAGGUCAAGCGGCCCCUCAGGCGGCAGCACCCGCGGCCGCUGCGGCUCCCACCACACAACCUGGCGGCCAGCCCGACUACAGUGCCGCCUGGGCCGAGUACUACCGGCAGCAGGCAGCCUACUACGGCACGGGCAACCCUCAGACCAUGGGAGCGGCCCCGCAAGCGCCUCAGUGUUCCCCCCCAACUCCCCCAGACCUUGCACCUUAGGUUCUGCUGCAGUAACCCAGGUAAGCAAAGCCUAAGGAAACUAAAAUGAAAUGCAGUGGAAUCUCCAAAGAGGAACAAUUUCCAGAAUUGAUUGGGAAAAAUAGUAGUGUGAUUGUCAGCUUAUUGGAAAUGCUGCGACUGUGCUUAUGCCUUUAGUGGGGAGAAGUGUACUCAUGAUGAUUGUUUCUGAAAGCUACGAUUUCUGAAAAGGUCAUCCUGCUUCGUAAAAUCAGAUGUUCAUGCAGGGUUUCCCUCAGAAAACUUGCAAAGCCUGGUGGUAGAGAAAAAUAAAAUGUUAACUCUUUCAUUGACAUUGUUAGACAUGCGAUCAUGCGGCGCUUUUCAUCCUUCUGCUGUGAAUUUAAUAACGGGUAGACAUCCAGUACAGUUGAACUGGGAAUUCUGGCAGCGAAUGAACACUGAUGUCCCAUCAUUGUCAAUGGCAGUUAAAUUGUCAGGAAUUUUAUUCCUUAUUGUAAACCAUUUAUUCACAAUAUUUGAACAUGGAGGCUCACAAAAAGGCAGUUUUUGAAAAAUGCAGUGCAGUGCAACGGCCAAGCUAGGACGUGUUUGUACACAUAUCGACCGUCAGAAGUUCCUAUUGCGCUUUUAACCGUAUUCCCAGACGUGGUUAUGAAUACUUUUCAUACUUCUGUUGUUAGCACUGUUUUACUCUGGCGGGGGGAAAAGGAAAGCCUGGGGGCCCACCAGGCUUAUAAAGAUCUGGGGGAAACACUGUCAUGUGUGAAAGUGAUUACAUAUGUACGUUGAGUUUAUUAAAACUUCACUUUUGUAGGUCGAAUACUCAUUUGGCUAGUCAUUGUAUUGCAAUUAUUUUUCCCCCC